UCCACAGGAACGGGCUUCGCAGCCGCCCCUGCAGCACCACUCGGCAAAGCUGCUUCUGGUUUUGGUGCAAACACUACUGGUGGAUUUGGUGCAAACACUACUGGUGGAUUUGGUACUAACACUACUGGAACUACUGGUGGAUUUGGUGCUAACACUACUGGAACUACUGGUGGAUUUGGUACUAACACUACUGGUACUACUGGUGGAUUUGGUACUAACACUACUGGAACUACUGGUGGAUUUGGUGCAAACACUACUGGAACUACUGGUGGAUUUGGUGCAAACACUACUGGAACUACUGGUGGGUUUGGUGCUAACACUACUGGAACUACUGGUGGGUUUGGUGCUAACACUACUGGAACCAUUGGUGGGUUUGGUGGAACGUCCACUGGUGGAUUUGGUGGGCUCGGUACUACUUCGGCAAUCGGAGGACAGACGCAGGUGCCGCCUUAUAAGGGUAUUAAGGGACCAGGAUUCUCUACUGAUUGGGCACGAAGUGUGAACUUCUCUACGCUUCGUGAUGAUGUGUUGUUUGAAGACUUGCCCCUGCCAUUACAGCAGCACCUUCUGGAACUACACAGUUUUAUUCAGGCAGAACAAGACGCCAAACGUUUCCUGGAAAGUUUCUUGACGGAUUCUUUGGGAUCAAGUGGUGGUGAUGGCUCGACCAGCUACAGAGAACUUCUAAAAAAAAUCGCUAAACUCACAGUUGGGGAAAACGCCGUGGACGCCAUUCGUGUGGACUGCUUUGAACGAGAAGUUUCUGCCCAGCACCUCGGUCAACUUCUGGAGAAGUGUGAAGAAGAAGUUACCCAAUACUCAAAAAAUGUUUGGGAACCACUAUCAGACCAAGACUUUACACAACGGCGCCUUGGGAAUCGAUCAGAACCACCAUCUGAACCAUUUCAGCGUUGCCUCCGCGAUAUUCAAGUUCGUAUGGAGGAUAUUUCAGCAGCAGUGAGAGAACUGGAACUUGCGGUGUUGCCUGACGGACAACGACAGAGGCGUGUAACAAAUACCGACGGUAACACAGCUAAUACUAUCAAUACAGAGUCUUCUCCCUCGGCUGCAUUGUUUUCACGGUACUCUGUUGGCCCAGAGACACUUGAAGUUUCUUCUGAUUUAAGGUGUGCGGUGUCUUCCCACCCAAUUCUCCAAAUGAACACAACUCUUAGUAAUGAGUUAACAACACUUUUAAAUUUGGCUGCGUGGACGUCUCGGCUGCAUACGAGAGCUGAUGCUGCUCGUGAUCUAUUUGCUCAUUUAUAUGGAGCAUCAGAAGCUGAGGUUCUGCUGGCGCAGAAACAUCAGCAGUCUCCCACUGGACCGAAGAGACCAUUUUCAUUGCACACAAAGACGUCUCCAUCACCCUUUUCAGAUGUUGAAUACAAAACAAUUGGGGAUAUUCAUAGACGUUCCAUUGGCCUGGACCCCUUAGGAGCCCUUGGAAAUGGAGACCGUAAGAUGCAAUAUGAUGUGUUGCUUGAACGUCAACAUCAAGGAUCAGCACCAAAGACUGUUUCUACAACUAACGUUGGAUUUGGCGACCCUAAAACGUCUUCGGGGAUAACUGCUCCUGGGUCUGCACCUGUACCUGCACCUGCACCUGCUCCUUCCGCUGCUGUUGCUGGUACUGGUGGUCUUCUUAAUGCUGGUGCUACUGCUACUGCUACUGCUGGUACUGGUGCUACUGCUACUGCUACUGCUACUGCGGCACCAGCUGCUUCCAUGGGUUUUGGCUUACCUGCGUCAUCCACAGCUGGAGUCGGUAGUGGGACUACAUUUGGUGGUUUAUCCAACGCAACUGGUUCUGGCUUCUCUUCAAAUAAAAAAGGUCGUAGUUAA